AGAAACAAAACCCACUAGGGCUUUUCUUUUUCCCCAAUUAAUUCAUCCACCCUAUAUAUAAUCCAAUAACAUUUCAAUCAUCAGCUCAUCGUCUCCAUCUUCAAACUACAAGAAAUCAUGGCGAAAGGUCCUGGUCUCUACACCGACAUUGGCAAAAAAACCAGAGAUCUUCUGUACAGAGAUUACCAGGGAGAUCAUAAGUUCACUAUUACGACUUAUUCACCUACUGGAGUUGCAAUCACAUCGUCUGGAACAAAGAAAGGCGACCUGUUUCUUGCAGAUGUCAACACUCAACUUAAAAGGAACAAUAUUACCACCGAUAUCAAAGUCGACACAAACUCUAAUCUCUCCACAACCAUCGUGGUUGAUGAACUGGCUCCUGGGCUGAAGACAAUCCUUAGCUUCAGAGUUCCCGAUCAAAGGUCUGGAAAGUUGGAACUGCAAUACUUGCACGACUAUGCUGGUAUCUCUACAAGUAUGGGGCUAACCGCAAACCCUGUUGUGAACUUCUCUGGUGUGGUUGGAACCAACAGUACCGCUAUUGGAACCGAAGUUUCUUUCGACACCAAAACCGGGAACUUCACCAAAUAUAACGCUGGAAUUAGCUUCUCAAAUGCUGACCUUAUUGCUGCUUUGACUCUGAACGACAAGUGUGAGACUCUAAACGCGUCAUACUACCAUAUUGUGAAGCCAUUGACCAACACAUCAGUGGGCGCAGAAGUGAAUCACAGCUUCUCAACCAAUGAAAACACAAUCACUGUCGGUACCCAACACGCUUUGGACCCGUUGACCACAGUCAAGGCCCGUAUCAACAACCUCGGGAAGGCAAAUGCUCUAAUCCAGCACGAGUGGAGGCCCAAGUCCCUUUUUACCAUCUCAGGAGAAAUUGACACCAAAGCUGUUGACAAGAGUGCUAAGUUUGGUCUUGCCUUGGCCCUUAAGCCAUGAUGAUUGGGGGGUUUUAUUGCCUUGGCUGUUAAGUCAUGAUGCUUUUGAUUUGAUGCAUUUCUUACAAGUACAUUUCAUAGGUUUUAGGCAAAUCUAACUUGAGCAAGUAAACACUCGAAUUUUGUUGUCCGGUUGGUUGAUUUCUUGAUGAAUCUAAUACCCUUAGUUGCA